AGCAGCAGCCCACCUUCUCCUUCUCCUUCCAGACCGCCAACUCCUUAGUCAAUCGAGACGAACGCAAGUACCUAAAAUACAACUGAUUCGGGAACGUGCCGUCAAGGGAGAACGACUGAAUUCACGCAGGCGCAGCUCGAGUCUAGACGUCAACUGACGAACGUUCCAGCCACCUCAGCCCCAACAUCCCGCCCACCAGACAUGUGCAACUUCUACAAAUACAAAUAGACUCGCCCUCGAUUGGUCACCGCUUAGAUUACGAGUUCAGCUUCUCUGCAUCUUGCUCGAGUCCCCGAACAAACACGCCCCUCGCGCGCGCCCCUGCAACAUACAUAUUCUGCUGUCCACGAAGAAGAAACAUGCCUCCAGCCCCGGCUACCGGAGCCGCUGGGCUCCUGGCACGGCAACUGAAAGGCAUACAGCAAGCAAAAGAUCUGCCAGGAAUAUCUUGCGGCCUAGUAAAUGACAAUGUAUUCGAGUGGGAGGUGAUGCUGAUGAUCUCCGACGACUGCAAAUACUACGGCGGGGGCAACUUCCGCUGCCACCUCUCAUUCCCACCCGAAUACCCCCUCCUGCCACCCUCCCUCACCUUCAAAUCACCCAUCCCCUUCCACCCGAACAUCUACACCGACGGCCUACUCUGCAUCUCGAUCCUGCACCCGCCAGAAGACGAUCAAUACGGCUACGAGAGCGCGGCGGAGCGAUGGAGUCCCGUACAGACGCCAGAGACAAUAUUGUUGAGUGUGGUUAGUUUGCUGCAUGAUCCGAAUGAUGAGAGUCCGGCCAAUGUGGAGGCUGCGAGGCUGUGGAGGGAGGAGAGGGAGGGCUCAGGGAAGGAAUUUAGAAAGAGGUGUAGGAAGGUUGUUCGGGAGAGUUUAGGGGAGGAUUGAGGCUAUUAUUUGGGAGGAAGGGGGCAUUAUGGACGGGAUAUGGUGGUUGGGAAAUCACAACACCUUGAUUUGACGAUGGAGUAUUCUGGGUGCACGAGGCGCAUAGGCGAUUUGAUUUGAGGCAUCAUCGACAUGUUGUAGGUGGCAGACCUACCAAGUCAACAAGACGCCAAAUAUCAGCAUAAUAACAAGUCAUGACCCAAAGCUUGUGGACUGAAUGUCAAUUCGAUUUCCUCUUUCCAAGUAUCGAAUUGGACUACCCUAGCUUCAAACACCACAUGUAAUCCAUGGCUGAGAUAGUGC